CGGCGCGCGGGGUGCCCGCCUCCGCCCGGCGCCCGCGCGCGAGCGCGAGGGGAGGCCCGGGGGCCCCCAGACGGGGUAUUCUGUGCAGGUGUUUGCUGGCUCCUCUGCACUCGGGCCGUGCGCGCUAGGGGCGCCAUGGAGGACCCCGAUCCCGCGGCCAAGAAGAGGAAGCUGGAGGAGGCCGCUGCCCCAGCUGCCGCGGAGCCAGAGGCCGCAGUGGUUGCCGAGCAGGGUGCCGGGGAUGCUGCUGCGCUGGAGGCCGCCACAGCAGGCACUCUUGGCAACGCCGCCACGCAUGUAAUCCUUCCUGUGAGGCCGCCACUGAGAGGCAACUUUUUGUAACGCUGCACAAAAUGAC